AUGGCCCGCACCAAGAUCAUUCUGGAUACUGACCCGGGCAUCGAUGACAUCCUUGCUCUGCUGUUGGCUCUGUCCGCCAAGCCCGAGGAGCUGGAAUUGCUGCUGAUCUCAUUGACUUUUGGAAACAUUGAAGUCAAGAGCUGCCUCCGAAAUGUGGUCUCCAUGUUUCAUAUCCUCGAGCGGGAGAUGCAAUGGCGACGUCAGAACGGCCGCCCAGAAGGAUAUGGAGUUCUGCACGCAUCGCGUCCGAUCAUCGCCGUUGGUGCGGAGGAUCCCCUUGAGGAUCAAAAGUUGCUAGCUGAUUACUUCCACGGAAUGGACGGCCUUGGAGACAUUCAUACGACACACCCACAUCUCACCCCAAGCCAGGCUUGGGAGCAUCUCUUUGACCCCGCAAGUGAUCUCGAGGGCAUCGAAGCUGUCGAGACCGGAGCGAGCCACGGGGAUCGUUUGUUCACCCCCUCAAAACUUCCCGCGCACAAGGAAAUCCUCCGAGCAUUGCGCGAAAACGAGCCCGAUACGGUGACUCUGGUCGCUGUUGGCCCGUUGACCAACCUAGCUCUGGCAGCCGCCGAGGAUCCCGAGGCUUUCCUUCGGGUGAAGGAAGUCGUAGUCAUGGGCGGUGCUGUCAACAUGCCUGGAAAUGUCACCCCCGUCGGCGAAUUCAACGCCUACGCAGACGCUUUUGCCGCUGCUCGAGUCUUUGCACUCACAUCUCCCAACCCUAACACGACCCUGCCGCCUUCCAAGACAUCUCAACUGCAGCCAUACCCUGCCCAGCUCAGCCGUCAACUGACCCUGCGUCUGUUCCCCUUGGACAUCACCCUGCGCCACAAUCUCUCCCGUGGCGAGUUCCGGGCGGCCGUGCUUCCUCUCGUUGAGGCGGGUUCCCCACUCGCCGAAUGGGUCUCUGCUUUCAUGGCCCACACGUUCAAGACCCUGGAGAAACUGCACCCGGGCCACGUUGGAGAUGAUGCCUCGCUGAGCAUGCAUGAUCCAGUCUGUGUCUGGUACGCUCUCACCUCCGAUGAUCCGCUCUGGGUGCCAUCCACCACGUCUCCCGAAGAUAUCCGUAUCGAAACGACGGGUCAGUGGACUCGAGGAAUGUGCGUGGUCGACCGCCGCAACCGCCACCCCAUCGAGAGCGAGGAGGCGAGCUCCAGCGACCAUGGCUUCUGGUUGAGUAAGCGUGCUGGCAACCGAAUCAUUCGAAUGGAUGGAUCUCCGGUCGAAGCCUCGUUCGGCACGGUCAUCAUUGAUAAGCUUUUCAAGUAG